GCGUUUCAAUUGGUGUAUAUGUUGUCAUGGUAAAAAAAAAAAAUGUGUAAAAUGGUUACGCAAACAAUAUUUUACACGAUUUCCAAAGAGGUAUUUGUUAAUACAGGCACGCGGUGCAUGUGAUUGGUCCUCCUUAGAGAAUGCAGUAAACUCUUAGAACAUAAUCAAUAGAGCCCUUCAGGGGACCAAUCUCGAUUAAUAGUUACAAGGUUAACUUACAAUAACAAUGUUUGUCUUUAGAAAAUAUCAAAGAACGGAGCCUUAAAGCACUGUUGUUUUUUUUCUUUACAAAAUGACAACAUUGCAUAUCGAUAAGGAAGAAUCAGACAUUUUCCUCUUGAACCGAAAGAAACGUGAAUCAGAGAGCGAAUUAGAGAAACUACAUAAAGAAACAAUACCUGAUAUUCCUCUGAGUAAAGCACUUCAUUUACUAGCCAAUGUUCAUGGAAAAGUGUUUGACAAAGCUAUUUCAACCAUUCGACAAUCAAGUCCAUUAGAACUUUCUGUAAAAGUAGGAGAGUCACCUACCAUCAAGGCUUUGCUAUCAAUAGAAAGAUAUCUUGAAACCAACAAGUUUAAGCAUGUCUAUGAACCUUUGAAAGAAAAGUUUUUAAAGCGUAGCCAUCAACAUGAAUCAUCCAUGAGAAUCAUUGGUUAUUUUCUGCUUUAUUCAACAAAGCAUCAAUCUACAGCAAGAGAAUUCAUUUAUCAAGAGCUAUUGAAUGAUAAUAAACGUGAUCAACUAGCAGCAGUAAUACUGCUACAGUUUCUUUACGCGAAAUAUAUCAUAAAAGAAGAUCAUGCUGAUUUUGUGUAUACACUUGUGCCUCUUUUUGUGCAAGUGACUGAAAAACACAGUGCAUCACCUACUCUACUUUCAUGUUCUGCGUACGAGUUAUCCCUUAAUUGUUGUUGGUAUACCUACGAUCGUCUAAGACGACCUAGGGCCAAAGAAGAUAAAGCAAUAGUAGAAGUUGAAUCCUUGAAUGUGGACCAGCAAUUAGAUGACAUGCUUUGUCAAACAAAGAAGCUGAUUGACAUAUUGCAAAGAGUAAUAAAAAGGGGGGAGAGGAAGGCAUGAAUUCUUUGAUAGCUAAACCUCUAUUUAUCUGAUGAAUUAGUGGCAUACAAUGAAAGAUGAGGC